AUGUCAAAAAUAGACUACUCUCAGCUUGGCUCGACCGGGUAUGAAAUCCCGCAAGAUCUCACCUGGAAGGACCCGGCCAACCGCCCGUUGCGGGUGGUGACCAUCGGCACCGGCAUCUCGGGGAUCCUAAUGGCAUAUCAGAUCCAGAAGCAAUGUGCUAAUGUUGAACAUGUUUUAUAUGAGAAAAAUGCGGAUGUGGGUGGUACCUGGUUGGAAAACCGCUACCCCAUGGCCGGUUGCGAUGUCCCGAGCCAUGCCUACACCUACCCAUUUGCCCCGAAUCCAGAUUGGCCCCGGUACUUUUCUUAUGCGCCUGAUAUCUGGAAUUACCUCGACCGGGUAUGCAAAGUCUUUGAUCUUCGCCGCUACAUGGUGUUCCGCACGGAGGUGGUGGGCUGCUACUGGAACGAAGGCCGCGGAGAAUGGACAGUCCGACUGCGACAGCACUCUGGCGAGAGUGAACCUCGAGAGUUUGAGGACCAUUGUCAUGUCUUGAUUCACGCGACGGGGGUAUUCAAUAAUCCUCAGUGGCCUCAAAUCCCCGGCCUCCAUGACCGGUUCCAAGGCCGAGUGAUCCAUACCGCACGAUGGCCCCACGACUAUGAAGAGUCGCAAUGGAAGCACGAUCGAGUAGCGGUCAUUGGCUCUGGAGCAUCCUCCAUCCAAACGGUACCCGGGAUGCAACCCACGGUGAAUCAUCUCGAUGUCUUUGUCCGGACGGGCGUGUGGUUCGGAGUGCUAGCGGGCAACACUGGCAGCCAGACCAAGGAAUACACGCCUACCGAGCGCGACGAAUUCCGGCGCAAUCCAGCGGCGCUUGUAGCCCAUGCAAAGGCCAUCGAAGACCAGGUCAACGGCACCUGGGGGGCCUUUUACACGGGAUCCAAGGGGCAAAUGAUGGCGUCGGCGUUUUUCCGCCAGCGCACCGCCAACUUGAUCAAGGAUGAGCAGCUACGGCAAGGGCUUGACCCGUCCUUUGCGUUUGGUUGUCGUCGCAUCACCCCCGGGGACCCCUACAUGGAGGCGAUUCAGAAGGAGAACGUCGAUGUACACUUCACCCCCGUGGUAAGCUGUACAGAGAAGGGUGUGGUGGGUGGUGAUGGGGUAGAGCGCCAGGUCGACACGAUAGUAUGUGCCACUGGCUUCGAUGCCUCUUAUCGGCCACGUUUCCCCAUCGUGGGCCGAGACGGCGUGGACUUGAGGGAGAAGUGGAAGGAGUACCCCAAUUCGUAUCUGGGUCUUGCCGUGCCUGAAAUGCCCAACUUCUUCACAUUCAUCGGCCCGACGUGGCCCAUCCAAAAUGGCAGUGUCAUUGGGCCACUGCAGGCCGUCUCUAACUACGUGAUGCAGUGGAUUAAAAAGGCUCAGAACGAGAAUCUCCGUAGCUGGGUGCCGCGACAGGAUCGCACGGAUCAAUUCAAUGAUCAUGUCCAGGAGUGGGUGAAGCAUACCGUGUGGACAGAUGAAUGCCGAAGCUGGUACAAGAACAAUGAGACGGGUCGGGUCAAUGCCAUCUGGCCCGGUUCUUCGCUGCACUACCAGCAAGUCAUCGACCAGCCUCGCUACGAAGACUUCGACAUCCGCUCCUUCCAUCAGAAUCCCUGGGCCUGCUUGGGCAUGGGGUGGUCGAUCCAGGACCGCAAAGGCCCCAAGGAAGCCGAUGUUAGUCCACAUCUGGGUCUAGAGGAGAUCGACCCUAAAUGGUGGGGAUCAAUCGAACAUGACGGCGGUUCCAGUGUAGUUUCUGACAGUAACCUCUAG